AUGGCAACCAUCGUUACAAAGUCUCGCCCAUGGAUCCACUUACUUCAACAACAACCCGUCUCCCGAUUCCAUCUCUCCGCAAGACUCGCAAAGGAUCAACCGCGGGCAACUUCGUCUGUCGUAGAGGCUUCGUCCUCGGCACCAACGCGUGGGCCACAGUCGGGCCACAAGUUUUCUAAACCCGAUACUCGCAGGAAAGCACAACGACCCGAAACCACCAAUUCAACAACAUCAUCCAAGGAUCACGCCUCACAGCAGCCAAACUCUGUGACAGGACAGGUUCGCUUGAACAGGGCAAUGGACAGCAAAGAAAUCGACAAAGAGAUUCUCCGACUCGUCCGAGCAAGAACCGCAUGGAAGGACAUCGACGCCGCCUUGAGCCUACCCCAUUCCAAGGCCCAUCAUCGAUACCAUACCCACCUCGACCCGGCGCUGAAGGCCUGGAGACUCCCAAACGGACAACCCAAUCUGGCGUUGCAGGAUCGGUUAGUGUAUUUGGUCGAGGUUGAGAAGUUGUCGUUUGCGCAGAUUGAGAAGUAUAGGCUGAUGGAUGAGCCCUGGAAGACCCCAACUGCUUUUGCCCCUGCUGAGGUCUUGGAGGCUGCGGGCAUCGCACUGGAAUCGACUGAAGCGGGAGCAGUAGCGAUAGAGGAUCCAUCGGUCGAGCGUCCUAGGAAGAACUCUGGAGGGCCAUUCAACAGGGUCAGGCUUCAGUGGAAAUACAACAGUCUCAAGUCUUUGGCGGCUGCAAACACUCUGCGGGAGAACGAUCAACUGGUCCGGAAGGCGAUUCAGCGAUCGGUUGAGUUGUAUGGCGAGAACUGGAAGGCUGUUGCGGCACAUUCGGAUUCGUUGUUAGACCAAUGGAUCACGCCUGCGUUGCCCAGGACACCACUGACGCCUACCAAGGUUGCGACAGAGUUUAGGAUCUUUCAGCGGACGGGGGUUGAUUGGGGCUUGGAGGACGACGUGGUGAUGACUCGCAAGAUCUUGGCUCUAGGUCUAACCCAGCCUGAUAUCCUAAAUAUCUUGACCAAGCCCUUCAGUGAGAGCAAGCAAGGAGUAGUUCUGGAUCAGGAGCAACAGAAACGGUACUGGACCGAGAUCUCGGUGGCCCUGGGGAACCAUUCGCCUGUGCAGUGUCAGCGUCGGUGGAAGGGGCUCUGGAACCUGCAUGAUGGCGACAAGUCGGCUCAGUCCAAAUCCUGGCAUCGGUUCGAGCGGUUCCAAUACUGGAUGAUGUGGAAGUAUUUCAGCCAACAAAGGCGCGACGUCAGCGGAGCCAAGUUGACGAGCGCGGAGGAUCUGCAGGCGGCGUGUGAAGAGUUGUCACAUUCCAAGGAGAUUGCGAGAUGGAUGCGCCACAGGACCGAGGCCCAGUGCGACAAGUUUUUCCGAUCCUCGAUUCGGUCUGUUCUCAAUCCCAGUCAAGACAAGCUCGCCACCAUGCUCAACAACACCAUUAUCUUUAUCCCGUCGUCGUCGUCUUCUGCACCAACAUCCCAAGUCCGGUUGUUCGAGUCCAAGGAGGCACUAGCGAACGCCAUCGUCACAGAGCUGGCAGACCCGCUCCUUAUCAAGAUGACCGUCGUCUCGACAGAGAGCCAAGAGUCGAUACGCGGGGAUCAUCAACAACCCCUCAUCCGUUCUGAAUGGACUCCUGACAGAAUUCGGACGUUGAACGAGAUUGUUCUCCAGGAGAAGCAAGGCGUCCAACGGGCGGAUCUCGAGCUGGACUGGGAUCAAAUCGCACAGGCGCUGGAGCAGAAAUAUGCGGCCGGAUCGUUGAAAGAUACCCCUACCGGAGUGACUAUAACAGAAAGCACGGGGAGUUUGAUCGCUCCUCAGCCCAGCCUGCCUUUCACGCCCAAGCAGUGCCAGAGCUGCUGGGAGUACAUUUCCACCAUCCCUAAAGGAAACAAGGUAGUAACAGCAGGUUCGGUCUCUGAUCCAUUUUCUACCGUGUCUGGAGAUCUCGAGGGCAAGGAGAGCCCUGUACAAGGAUGGUCUGAGAACGAGAUUUUGUUGCUGCAACAGGGUGUCAGGAAACACGGCACCCUCUGGGCCGACAUUCGAGCACAAUUCUUGCCAAACAAAGAUAUCUCGGAUCUCCAACGUGCUUGGUCUUCCAUCUCGGGACCGAAGUCUGAGCAAGGAAGUGAAACUGCGUCAGCGGCGGCGGCGGUGGACAGACUUUCGGAACCAGAUUAUGUGGGUCUGUUGUCGGCGCUGGACAAGGUCGGAGUCAGCAAUAGCAGCGCAGGCGGAAAGGAUAAAUAA